AUGUGCAUGUAUGUAAUGCACUUUUUUGGACUUGGCCAACAAAAGGUUGCAGAUGUAAAUUACCACCACCAAUCUCCUUCUCUACCACCUGCUUCUCCAUUCCCUGACUGUGCAUCACCUCUUGGAGCACUUGCCCUUCCACCACCUCUGGUUGCACAUGCCCUUCCACCACCUCUAGUAACACCUGACCUUCCAGCACCUCUGCUAGCACCUGUCCUUCCACCACCUCUUGGAGCACCUCCCCUGCCACCGCCUUUUUGA